CGUUACCGCCAGUUGCGCUGCGCUGUCGACGCGAGUGCUCGCUGCGCACUAUACGUUUGCAUUAAUUGUGUUUGUUAUGAACGCGCUUUCUCUAUUCUUUCGGUGUGUGUGCAAUACCUAAACUCAUGCACGUCACCAUGUCACAAGAAAAUCUUAACAGCCCGGUCUUAAACGACCUUUCCUCGUCUGGUAAUGUUUCGGAAAAUGACGAAGUAGUAUAUAGAAAACACAGAAACACAGUGAAACAAAUGGUUCUUCGGUUCGAAAGAACCGGUGUACAUCUAGAUGGUUCAUGUGAAUCUUUGGAGAGGCUAAAUAAUCCGUUCUUAGGUAGUUUAACUAGUGUUGUAAGUCCUAUUCACUCCCAUUUCCAGCAUUUGUGUCCAGAGAAGAAACCGCAAGAUAGACAUUCAAAUGUGUCGGUGAAUUCGAUUUUAUCCAAUGUCUCCGAAGGAAGUUAUGAAUCCAGCUCGUCUGGGUUCGUAUCGGAUAGGAAGUCCUCUUCAUUAAAACCUCACAGGCCAGCUCCACCGCCACCACCUGCAUUUAAUGACAGUUCUUCAACUGAUAGUAAAUCACCCUUACCCGAAGAAAAGCCAGUUAAAGAAAGACGAUACUCCUUCGCUACCCCAUCUACAUCACCCGUUGCUUUACGAAGAUCACGUCAACCACCUGUCAUAAGGAGAAAAUCAUCAAUCGCUGGGCAAGGCCAUGGUGGAGAAACAUUAUGGUCGUAUGGCGUUAGGCAAAGUGAUUUAGAGAAAUUAUUAAGACUUAAACUUUCGGAAUCGUCAGAUAAUGAAGACGAUGUAAAACCUAAUGUAAUAGAUACGUCGUCUAGUGGGAGUAGUAGUAGUUGUAGUAGUGAUUCCAAUGAUAGUGAUAAAUUAAAGGAAGGGGAAGAGUAUGUAGUGAGUAAUGAUGAAUGCAAGGCAGAUGCCAUAUCGACAGACCAAUCAACGGAUACAUUAAUGAACGAUUAUGAAAGUGAUGAGGCAGAUAAUUUAUCAGUUACAUCUGCAGAUCCCAGUAAUUUUGACAAUGUUAGCAUUAAAUCGAUAUCAUCGUUUGACAUGGUUCCUUACCAAAAGUAUGAUAGUAUUACGGUUUCCUCAGACGAGUUUGGGUCAGAGGUGUGCCAUGCUCCCGACACUGAGUUUCUCACAGUGAGUGCAGUUAACGAGUGGUGUGUAUCAAAGUCCACGGAACCGGUAUUAUUACCAGUAGAAUCAAAAAAGGAAAAAUAUCGAAGACGAAUGACGGAACGCGUCAAUGAGUUGAUACACACAGAAAACGUGUAUGUGGAACGACUCAGGCAUGUGGUGGAGGAUUACAUUCCCGAAAUGUCCCGGGAAGAUAUACCAAUCAUGCUUAUGGGUAUGAAAACAGACAUUUUUGCGAACAUUGAACGGAUAUGUCGCUUUCAUGCUGAGGAAUUCCUGCCCGCGUUGAGAGACUGCGAAAAUGAUCUAAGAAAACUUGGACAAUGUUUUCGGAGAUUUGAACAAAAGUUUAAUAUGUAUGUGAUGUAUUCUAGAAAUAACAAAAGAGCAACGAAGCUUGUUUACGAAAACAAGCAUUUUUUCCAGCGACGACAAUUAGAGUUGGGAGAUAGAUUAGAUCUCUCUAGUUAUCUUUUAGAGCCGGUUCAAAGGAUACCUAGGUAUAAGCUAUUUCUUGACGAUCUCGUGAAAACUUACAUCAAUUACGAAAAUGAGAGAUGUGAGUCCGACUCUAGAAUAUCUAAAUUAAGCGUGGACAGUGACGAGACAGGUGGAAGCAACGGAGAAUCUGAAAGUGAUGAAACGCCAUUAGAAAGUUUAAAACUAGCUAAAACUAUGGUCGAGUGUGUUCUAACAGCGGUUGAUGGGAUCAUGGCAUUGGAGAACAUAAGAGACUGCCCUCCACAUUUGAACCUGUUGAAUCAGGGAAGAUUGCUGAGACAGAAUGAAUUCUAUGCGAUGGACAACGCGCGCCGGCGGCGACAGCUCAUGAGAAUCUUCUUGUUUGACAAAUUGGUGCUCAUUACAACUGUUUAUAGAAAGCAAUUGACAGUCGAGUUCUUUAUAUACAAAGAUCACAUACCGGUCGAUGAUCUUGGUAUAACGGCAAAAGAGCACGACCAAUACAAAUUCAGCAUUUGGUACAAGCAGAGGAAUCUCAAGUCUUACAAACUUGAGACAAGGGACCCAGUCAUUCGAAACGGCUGGGUGGAAGAGAUCACCUCAUUGCUUUGGGAGCAGGCGAUGCAGAAAAAGGAACUUUUGCUGCAACAACGUAAGAAGAGGAUAUCCAUGGUAUCAAUGGACAGCCAGAAUUCAACGGAAACAGAUGGCAAAGAUGACAAAUGUUUUGUAGACUUCGUUUUCGUCAAAAUGCACCAAUAAGUUACUUUGUAGACAAUUCUCUUCGAGGCGUGCCAGGCGAGGUUCGUUGUUCAGGGGACAAGAAAGUUCGAAGAACAACCUGGUAUUGUGAAUGAGGUUCUCUGUAUGGUGCAACUGAAACAAGCAUUUACGAGAUCGUUACUCGUAUUAUAAUUAUUUUGCCAAAGAAUGCUGUCAACUAAAGUCAAAUGUUAGCAGAACGUAUGUGUUCCAUUGAUUUCACUUACAGCUGUGUAAAAAUGUUUAGCUGUGGAGAUGUAUCAAAUGUGCUGUAGGUAAAAAUUACCGUCUUGUGAAAUUAUGCGCCUUAAAUACAUUCCGUAGUAACGCGAAUACUGUAGAUAUACUCUCAAUGUAUUUACAAAAUAUAGGCCUGUACUUUCUUCCAAAGAUUAAUUUUAAUUGUUUUGCAAUUAAAGCUCAACUGUACAUUCAAUUAUAUUUUUUUAUUAUGAUGCUAAUGUUGAUGUAUUUAAAGAGUCAUAACAGUCAUUAUUAUGAUUAGAGUAGGAUGAAAUGUAUCUUUGUUAUUGUAAAUUAUUAUUAUACUUGUUAUAAAUUUGCUUUAGUAUCCUUAAGCUUAAAAAUCGUAAUUGUUUUAUUUCAAAUUAAAUAUGUAUACCAAUUAAAA